UUCAAAAGAAAUAGUUGUUGACGCUUCUCAGUGAAAAAAAGACAGAAUUUAGAAAUACAUAAAUGUCUGAUUUCUUCCUUGAUGUUAGUGAGGGGAAAGUUAGAGCGGUAAAAAGUUGGCUCGAAAAUGGGAGUGAGGUGAACUGUCUGGAUAAAAAUGGGAACUCCGCUCUUCACCUGGCAACAGAGAAGGGGUUCAGGGGUGUAUGUAAGGUGCUCCUAGAUGCUGGAGCAAGGGUCAACAUGAAAAGUUUAAACGACGGAAGAACGGCAGUUCAUUACGCGGCCAUAGAAGAUAUGGACAAGGAUGGAAAUACAGCAGAGGAGUAUGCGGAUAGAUUUCAUAAUUUUGAAGUUCUAAACGUAAUAGAGGAGUUUCUGCUGACUAAAUCUGAAUCUACAAGUACUCUAUCACAGUCAGAGUCAGAAAGAACGCUCACCGAAGAAUCAGAUGAUGAUGAGAGUUCUAUGAUGAACUGGGUUAUUUAUGGAAAUAUGACAAAACAGCCAGAUAGAGCUAAACGAUCAAGGAGUGCCCUGCAGAAGGUAGAAGAGCGUCCAAAAUAUGAUGAAAUAUCCACAAACCUGGAUUCAAGGAGGAAGAAAAAGUCCGAAACCCCAAAACAAGAAUCUCCAAAAUCCCGCCAGCCAGACGCUGAGAGUUCAGAGCGGAGAAAAGUUCUUGAUUCCUGGACAAUGUCUUCUCAAACAAUCCCUGAUGAUCUGCUAUCCUUAGAUCUGGACAGAGAUGGUGAGACAGAAUCUGAGAAAGUUGUUCUUCUGAAACGGCUUCAGAGUCUUGUAGGGGACGAGAAUGAGGAGAAAAUAAAACUUUUAAAAAUGAAAAAAGAAAGUUUAAAGAUUAAGGAAGAUUGUUUGGAGGGGAACAUUGGAUUAAAAAAAGAAGAGCAUCUGAAGAUGUUAGACAGUCUCUCCUUACAGUUUAGGAAAGAGACGGAAGAAUUGACUAGAGAACAACAAAAGGAAGAGGAUAGAAUACAGGAGAAGAUAGAUAAACUAGAACUGGAUCUAAGAAGUCUUGUUUCGUCUUCUCUUUUAGUUUCUUCCCUACUCAGCCCUAACCCACCAGGUUUGAUUAAACAGGAUAAAGCAGGAUAUUUCCCUGUUUUGGAUCUUGAAGAUGAAAUAUCUUGCUGUUCUUGUCAAGAACUACUCACUCCUCCGCAUAAGAUAUACCAGUGCACUAAUGGAGAUUUGAUCUGCUCGUCAUGUCGUGGCAACCCUGUAUGUUCUUCCUGUGGUGUUUAUCUUACACAAACUAUCAGGAACAAGGCGUUGGAGAAAAUAGCAAAAAAGCAUUUUUGAGCACAUCUGUAAUAAUAUUUUUUUCGUAGAUAAAUAAAAUAAAAUUCAUCAA